GAAACAGGCGGAGGAAGAAGAAGAAGAAGCAAAAUCGGUUCCCCUCCGCUAGCUAGCUAGCUACUGCUGGGAAGUAGCGACAAAAUUUUCAGGAUAAUGAGUUAUGCAGAGAAACCGGAGGAUAUAACAAGGGAAGAGUGGAUGGAUAAACUCAACAAUGUCCACAUUCAGAGAGCUGAUAUGAACAGGCUCAUAAUGAACUACUUGGUGACAGAGGGCUUCAAGGAAGCAGCAGAGAAGUUCAGGAUGGAGUCUGGAAUAGAGCCCAGCGUGGAUUUGGAUUCCCUAGAUGAAAGAAUUAAAAUCAGAGAAAUGAUCCUGAAGGGGCAAAUCCAGGAUGCCAUUGCAUUGAUCAACAGUCUGCACCCAGAACUGCUGGAUACUAACCGUUACCUCUACUUUCACCUACAGCAGCAGCAUCUGAUCGAGCUGAUUCGUUUGAGGGAGACCGAAGCUGCCCUUGAAUUUGCCCAGUCUCAGUUAGCGGAGCAGGGGGAGGAGAGCCGAGAAUGUCUGACCGAGAUGGAGAGGACACUGGCCCUGCUGGCAUUCGACAACCCUGAGGAGUCACCUUUUGGAGAUCUACUCAAUAUGAUGCAAAGACAAAAGGUGUGGAGUGAAGUGAAUCAGUGUGUGCUAGACUAUGAAAACAGAGAGUCAACACCCAAACUUGCCAAGCUCCUGAAACUACUGCUGUGGGCUCAAAACGAACUGGACCAAAAGAAAGUGAAGUAUCCUAAAAUGACAGACCUCAGCAAGGGAACAAUCGAAGACCCAAAAUAAGGACCCACAGUGAAAACAUACCCCACAGCAUUAUAAAAUGGACACAUUUCCUUUAUCUAUUUAUACCCCAACAAACUGACUCAUAUAGAGUACAACCUUUUCUUUUUGUAAGGGUUGCUUUUUGAUACUUUAGUAAUUUAGAAUGUGCAAACUGGAUUGAUGGCAUUUUAAGAUGACUUCUCACACUAAAAUAACAUGCAUACCCUUGUUUCACUUAUUAUUACAAUUUACAUACUUGUUUAUGUAAAAUUAGUAUAUUUCAGUUACACUAGUUUUUCUGUCUGUUGGCAGGGAAAGUUGGCAUAGGAGGGUGUGAAUUAAGCCUAAAUUAGGCUGUCACUUUCUGUGUGUGACCACUUAGAAAGGGUUUGAUGUCAGGGAAAACUGUUUGGUUCAGUGUGCACUGCCUCAAAUAAACAUACUUUUUCGUUACAAAAAACAUACACAUUUCAGCUAGUAGUUUCUUAGCUAGUACUCUAUUUGACGGCAAUAGCCAAAGCAAGAUACUUGGGAUGUUUCAAACUACUGUGACUUUGAAAGUUAUAUUCAACUCUAGAUUUGUAUUGCAUUACUGCUUAAAAUAUGUCAAAAACAUGCUUAUAACAAGAGGAACAAAAAGAUCAACUUUCAACUAUACAUCACAGUAGCAAUCAACCGUUAGGACAAGACAAGACUCCUGGAAUGCUUUAAACUUUGCAGCGUACUGUGACUGUGCAAGCUUAAAGGCAGCCUCAGUUUCAUAUUGUUAUAAAACAUCACAGAUGAUAUUAAAAGAUGUGAAUGGAAGCAUCCAUGUCCACAGACGUGGAGACACUUUUACAGAUGGAUUAUUUACACGUAUGGAAUAAGUAGUUCUUUUGCAAAAUUUGAUGUGUUUUGUUUUUGCUGGUAUAUUAUAUUGCAAUAAAAGUGAAUUUUUAAACUGG